AUGUGUGACGACGAGGUAGCUGCUCUUGUUGUGGACAAUGGUUCCGGUAUGUGUAAAGCCGGCUUUGCUGGAGAUGAUGCUCCACGAGCUGUGUUCCCAUCUAUUGUUGGACGUCCUCGUCAUCAGGGUGUAAUGGUUGGAAUGGGACAAAAAGAUUCGUACGUUGGUGAUGAAGCACAAUCAAAAAGAGGUGAUUUUCGUGUAAUUCCACACUUUGUAGUCUUCUAA